AUGGCGCCGGUACCGGCGUGGACUCGCGAGUGGCGGCCUCUAGCGCGGCAGCUCUGCGCGCGCGUGCUCGACCGCCAGCCGCACGAUGGCUACAACAACGAAGAAGAUGAUAGAGAAGAAGCCGCGUCCUCCCUGCCCCAGGAGACGCUGCUGCUGCGCGCCGACCGCGUGGUGGGGCAGCUCUACUCGCACAGAUUCGCGGCCUGCCUGCCGCAGGACGUGCAGAGCCACACAGAGGCCUUAGCCACCAAGUUCCGCGUGCAUUCGCUCGAGGACCGGGCCGAGAAGCUGCUGCGGCUGGGCGCCCAGUGCGACCCGCAGGUGCUGAAGCUGCUGCUGGAGCUGGCGACGGCCCCCACGGCCGCGUCGGACCGGGACGUGGCGGUAGACGAGGACGGAGACGGAGACGCGCCGAGCGCGUGGAAGACGGCGCUGCAGCAGGAGCAGAGCAGGCAGCAGAGGCAGAGGCUCAUGCAGGACCAGCUGGUGGAGGAGCUCUUACAGAUCUCCACCAACGACGAGUGGUACCAGGCCUGGGACGCCAGCGACGACGAAGACAGCGACUGGAGCGAGGUGGACGACGUUGUGGCGGAGGAGGAGUCUCCUAGCUCUAAGACUAGGCAACGCAAUGGCAAGAGGUCGAGCGACGUGAUGGAGGAGGUGGAAGCAGAGGUGGAGGCUGUGGAGGAGGUUCUGGACGAGGAGACGAUGCGGGAUCGGAUUCUGUGUCGGUAUCACCCGGAGGUGGAGCGGGAUGACGAGAUGGGGGUGGAUAAUGAGGAGGUGCAGGAUCCGACCUGUCUAUUGGAGAAGAACUCGCUGGUCCCGUUUACGCUGGAGCGGCCGUGGUUGUUGUGUGAGGCGGUGGUCAAGAGUGGACAGGGUGGAUCGCUAUCGAACUGCGUGGCUCCUCGUCGACUCAUCCACGAGCGAACGGUGGUGAGUAUGGUGUUCGAGGCGCUGGACGGCGUGGAGUCGCUGAUGUUUGAGCUGCGUCCAGCUCAACCUACGCCGGUGAUUUUUAGUGUGGAUUUCCGGACGAAGGCGGUGGAGCGGUCUCGACGAUCGCUAGAAGUGGCGGUUGGGCAUCUCUCGCCUUUAGCGCUGCAUCACAUGCUGGACGAGUUCGCAGUAGCAGCGUCGGAGCUGCAGUUGCUUCGAGACCUGCUGGGGUUUAUCCGUCGAGCUCGGGAUUUAAGCGAGCAGCACCGGUGUGUGACCCUAGAAGGACUCGCCAACGCUCUCUCUGGAGUUGUCGGCCAGUUGAUCGAAACGAUACGCACGGUUGAGCAAGAAAUGUGUAGCGCAAUAACACUGAGUGACGAUAGUGGAUCAAGCCCGUGGUCUGGAAUCGCAGCACGACAGCCCACGCUACUGGGGGUGUUCGGUGGGUUAAGGGAGACGUUCAAGCUGAUUUCGUGGCUGAAAAGGGUGCUGGUCCAGUGCUUCCAAGGUCUCUCAGAGCGGCAGUGGCACGAGAUCAGACGUGCCGAGCAAGCAAAGUGCGUGCUUGAUGCUCUGUACUGCAUGAUGGAGGUGGAAUACGUGGAAGGUGUGGUACCCGAUGAAAGGGCAAGCGCUGCUGGUGGUUUGUCGCGAUCGGAGGUUCUACUGCGUCUCUUUGUUGGAGCGCUGAACCCGUACUUGGUCCUGGUAAACCGGAUGCUGUUUGAACGAGGGCACUUUGAGACGAUUCCGCUGGACGGGGAGCUGUUCUUCGCUACACCUGCUUCUAUAAGCGUUAAUGCAUCGCCAAUGCGAGAACGGAAUCAAAGCUUUCGAGAGGGAUUGCCGACCCUGGCUCCGUUCGAAGUGCAUCGGUCGCUUGUUCCACGGUUUUUAGACUCAGUCAUUGACUUGAUGAACGAGGCGCUAGCUAGCCGACAGAUGAAGAACCGUUUCCUGCAGCAACAGCAGUGUACAGCUGAGGAGUCUCUCGUGGAGCCUGGACAACCACGACCCUCGCUGCGUGAGUUACUUGCACAUGAAUUGGAAACGAUGGGAAUCCAAGGAGGCAGUUUGUCGUUAGCACAACGCAGUGGUGAUAUUCCACCAUCCUUGGAGCGAAUAAUGAUGGAAUGCGUCCCAUUUAAUCGAAUCUUGGAGCGUUGCCUUACUAGCCACAUCGAGGACAAGUGUCAAGAGCUAAAUGGAGAAAUCACCGACAUCUUUCGAGACAAAAUGGGUUACAUGGAGCACGUUAAAGCUCUUCGAAUGUUCGUGCUGAUGGAGCAGCAAGAUGUGUUUAAUGUUUUCAGCGAGAUGCUGGUUGCACACAUGCAAGAGAAUCCUGUGGCGUGGGCUGAUAGUGAGAAGAUCAACGCAUUCCACCAAAGCGCGGUACAAGGAGUGUUCGAAGACAACUCGCUGUCGUCUUCUCAGCAGCAAAUUGGCGGGCGGCUCUGUGUCCGGGUUGACUUCAACCGACUUGAUGGUGCCACUGGUGGUGCGAAGAUUGACAUCACGACCAUGAAAUGCUUGCACUUCUCGUUUGCUGUGCAGCAGCCGCUUCGAGUUCUUUUCAGCGCUUCAAUUAUGCAAAAGUACUCGCGUCUCGGGGUGUUUCUGGUGCAAGUGAAAGCGGUGGAGUCGGCCCUUGUCAAGGUACGGAGUGUGAUCGGACGUGCCGCUGCUACAGCUCUAUUAUCACUGACUUCAGAUCGUAAUGUUGCUUCCCAUGCAGUUCAAAUCAACACUCCGGCAUCGACGGUGCUACUCUUUGCAGACAUGCGGCAACUACUCAUUCAAGUCGCAGACAUGCUGCACUACACGAAAAGUAUACUGAACUACCUGACAAGCCAGGUAUCAAGCGAGGGGUGGUCAAAGUAUUGUCACAUUUUGCGUUCGUCGCGGAGCUUAGCUGAGAUGGAUGCUACGCACGAGCAGUAUCUUGAGCACUUGCUCAAUCGCUUCUUUCUGUUGGACAAGCAUGCGGCUGUGAUCCAGUACAUCCUCACGACCUUCAAUCACAUCUUGAGGUUCGUCGGCUACGUCAACGACUUCGUCAGCGCUGUCGACCGGAAUCUGCGCAAAUACUUCCCGACGUCCUGGAGUGAGGACGAUGGCAGUGAUGAGGAGACGAAGCCUGUCGCCUCCAAGACACCGAAGACCCGCCUCCUCCUGCACCCUGACUUCAACGUGCUCUACGCUGACAUGAUCCGGAGUGCGAAUGAAUUCAAGCGCCAGUCUCAUUUCCUUGUGGUCAUGCUGACGGCCAUGCAAAAGCACGGCGCGUCUCCCCACGUCAACGAGAUCGUGACGCAGCUCAACUACAACUACUUCUACCACCAGCAAGAAACUCGAUCACGAGUGCAACCCCCAGCUCAGCAGCAGCAGCAGCAGCAGCAGCCAGUCAACCAUGCCAGAAGAGGACCCCAGCUCAAUCGAGCAGAAUCGCUGCGAGCCCCGCCAGCUCCGAAGAAAUUCUCGCGUACCCGAUCUGUCCACAUUCCGUAGUCGUUGAUCCCCAGUGUAAAUGUUACCCAGUCAUGAAUUAGCGAGAGGGGUUGGUGUCGCGGGCGCGCUUGUGGGAGGCUUGCUGGGGUUUGCUGCGUCGAAUAGCGGCAGCUUGUUCCAAUGUGAAGACGGCGCGGUCUCCAAUCUCCUGCAAGGUGGCGGCAGUAUUGAGAUUCGGACGCUGAGCGAUUGGAGUCGUGGCGAAUUGCACAUUUGGUAGGUACCUGUCAAGCACCAAGGUACGUCAGCAGUUGAUGAUGUCCGGCCAGCUCUCCUAUUGCGUGUUCUUACUCUUCGUAGAGGUCAUGCUCAGGGAUUUCAUCAGGGAGACUGCUGCGCUGUCCGAUUGCUGUCGCGACAAUUGCUGCGAAGGUCUUGCAGGCGUCGACUCCGCUGUAA